AUGUCCCAAGCAGCCAGUGAGCACAACCGCUGUGCUUCAAGGGUAAGCAAGCACAUUAAAAAGCCAAUUCGCUCCACGGUCCUCAGCUUGGAUUGGCAUCCCAACAAUGUUUUGCUGGCAGCAGGAUCAUGUGAUUUCAAAUGCAGGGUGUUUUCUGCAUACAUUAAAGAAGUGGAUGAAAAGCCAGCCAGUACACCCUGGGGCAGCAAGAUGCCUUUUGGUCAGCUGAUGUCAGAGUUUGGUGGCAGUGGUACUGGUGGCUGGGUGCAUGGCGUCAGCUUCUCCGCCAGUGGGAGUCGACUGGCCUGGGUCAGCCACGACAGCACCGUGUCCGUUGCCGAUGCCUCAAAAAGCGUGCAGGUCUCAACUCUGAAAACAGAGUUCCUGCCUCUGCUGAGUGUGUCAUUUGUUUCGGAGAAUAGCAUUGUAGCCGCUGGCCAUGACUGCUGCCCAAUGCUCUUUAACUAUGAUGACCGCGGCAGCUUGACUUUCAUCUCCAAGCUAGACAUUCCAAAACAGAGCAUCCAGCGCAACAUGUCUGCCAUGGAACGCUUCCGCAACAUGGACAAGAGGGCCACAACUGAGGACCGCAAUACAGCCUUGGAGACUCUGCACCAGAAUAGCAUCACUCAAGUAUCUAUUUAUGAAGUGGACAAGCAAGAUUGUCGCAAAUUUUGCACUACUGGCAUCGAUGGAGCCAUGACAAUUUGGGAUUUCAAGACCUUAGAGUCUUCCAUCCAGGGCCUCCGGAUAAUGUGAAGCUGAGUGAGCCUCCCAGAUCCAGCAUGACAAACUGACAAACUGACAAACUGCCCCACGGCAGCUCCACCAUGUGCAUGAUGGUGAGGAGAGCCAGCCGCAAGGAAACACUGAAGACACAUAUCGCGCAAAUGUUGUUUGUGUGGUUUUGUUUGAAUAUAAUUGGUGAAAGUGUUGGAUUUUUAAAAGCAGCAGUGAUUGAGUUUUGUUUGUAUUUUGGUUUUUUGUUUGUUUGUUUUUUUUUGUUUUUGUUUUUGCUAUUUCAUUCCAUUUUUGACCAAAGAUUCUCUUUUAGUAGUUUAUUAUGGAAAUUGUCACACUAACUUAAAGGGUGGAGAGAUAUGUAAAUUGCUAAAAACUUAAAUAAAAAUAC